AUGACCGAAUUUUUCAGUGACGAUGAUCAAAAACCCCAAUUUAACUGUUCAAACAAUGUAGAUGAUUCUUUAAAGGAAGAAUUAAAUCAGAUGAUUACUAAUGAUUCAAUUUUUAGUUGUGGACAAUAUGGUAAAGCCUUUAUACUUAGACACAGAAGCUUCGAAAAUAAAAUGUGCGUAAAAUUGAUUGGAUUUAGAAAAGAAAACCCAUCUCAUGACGAUAUUGAGCGAGAAUUUAAUAUUCAGAUCCAAUUCAAGCAUCCAAACAUAGUUCCAAUAGUAAAUUCAUUAGAUCUGCCAAAUAAUGGUACAAAUAAGGAUAUUUUAGGUUAUGUUUGUUUUAUUAUGCCAUAUUAUCCUCUGAAAGACCUCUAUUAUUACUUACUUGAUCAGCCAAAUCAUAUAAUACAAAUUAAAGAAGUUCAAUGCAUAGGCAAACAGAUUUUGGAAGCCUUAAUUUACAUGAAUGGUGUGGGAUACUUCCACAACGACCUCAAAUUAGAGAAUGUGCUUAUUAAAAAAGAGAAUGGAUUUACGGUUGCUGCAUUAUGCGAUUUCGGAUUUACACAACUUAUCAGAGAUGAUAAAGAUAUUUUAUAUUAUGAUAAUGGAAGAGGAACUUUAUUGUAUAAUGCCCCAGAGAAACAUCGUGGUGAUAAUAAAUAUAAUUAUUUAGCUGACAAUUGGUCAUUUGGAAUUAUUUUAUAUAUGAUGGCUUAUGGAAAAUACCCAUUUUAUGAUCCUCCUGACGUUUAUAAAUCGUUACAAUAUCAUAUAUUAAUAACACGUAGUAAUAUUCAAUAUCCAGAUAAUCCUGAUAAUAUUGAUGAAUUCAAUAAUUUGAAAGAUUUACUUGAAGGUUUACUUAAACUUAAUCCAAAUGAACGUAUCACAUUAGAAGCAGCUCGAGAUCAUCCUUUCUUCAAGGAUGUAGAUGUUAAUCCCGUCACACUAACAAAUCCUGUCGAUCUUGACGAAAAUGGUGAAAUAGAUGCUUUUGAACCAGAGGUUAUAGAUUUUACUUAUAACUAA